AAUUAGCCAAUACAUAAAACACCAACUCCAUUUGUAAACAAUAAGACAAUCUUCUACCCAGAUAUAUACAAUUUUACACUGUUGUGAACAUGUCAUGGAGGGUUUUGAGAGUCUUUAAUUGUAUUUGUAGUCACAAACAAGCCUUUUUUUCAACGUUUAGUUUAGUUAGUUAGUUUAAUUAUUUAUAUUUUUUAAUAUUUUAAUUACGAGACAGCCUGAUCACCACUCCAUACCAGUUGGUGGCGGUAAUGCACCAAUUCGUUGUUUGCCAACUGCCAAUAAACCUGAAAGAAGAAGAAGAAAAAAAAAUAUAGACGACAAACGAGCCCCCGUGGGUUUUAUUUAGAAAAUCCAUACCGGAAGUAAGAUACUUUUAUUUUUUUGUUUUAUUUUGCUCGCUAACUUGAUGCUGAAAGGGGGGAAAUGCUGGUGGAACGGAAACUUCUCCGGUUAUGUACCGUCUUAAAUCGACGACCCCGGUUCUGUGAGGCCAGCUAGAGGUCCAAAGUGUCCGCGCGGGGGUCUUCAGACUCCGGGUCGCUCACGUCACCGACCCGCUCUUAUUCAUUUGUCUUCGUGUUACAGUCACUGCGGAUGCUAACUGAAGCUAACGUCAUCUCCGGACGCUACGAACUCGUCACAAACUGAACUGACACGAGAUUCUUGGGCUUGUUUUUUUUAUUUAUUUAUCCCCCCCCCCCCCCUCCCCGCACGCCCCGCAACUGGUGUCCCCGCACACAGCGGUGAUGUGGAAAGUGACUUUACAAGCGUUCGGUGUUUUGUUGUUGGCCUGUUUACUCGGGAACUUUGUCCUCGUCGGUUGGUUUCAGCGGAACGACGUAAAACCCCAAACGCAGCAGCGCGAGGACCCGAGCGGAGCCUCGGAAACCCGGGACCCGAGCGCAGCCUCGGGCACUCGGGACCCGAACGGAGCCUCGGGCACCCGGAACCCGAGCGCAGCCUUGGACGACCGGGACCAGAGAGGAGCCUCGGGCACCCGGGACCCGAGCGGAGCCUCGGACACCCGGAACCCGAGCGCAGCCUCGGGCACUCGAGACCCGACCGGAGCCUCGGGCACCCGGAACCCGAGCGCAGCCUUGGACGACCGGGACCAGAGAGGAGCCUCGGGCACCCGGGACCCGAGCGGAGCCUCGGGCACCCGGGACCCGAGCGCAGCCCCGGGCACCCGGGACCCGACCGAAGCCUCGGGCACCCGGAACCCGAGCGCAGCCUCGGACGACCGGGACCAGAGAGGAGCCUCGGACGACCGGGACCAGAGCUGCUUCUGCCAUCUGACGGGCGUCCUGGACGACUGCUUCUGCGACGUGGAAAGCAUCGACGUCUUCAACAACUUCAAGAUCUACCCUCGAAUCAAGAAGCUGACGGGCAAAGACUACUUCAGAUACUACAGGGUGAACCUGAGGCGGCCGUGUCCCUUCUGGCCCGACGACGGACAUUGUUCCAUCAAAGACUGCCAUGUGGAGUCCUGUCCAGAGAGUAAGAUCCCGGUGGGCAUCAAGUCUGGGAACUACAAUAAGUACUCUCAAGCACCGAGCGAGAUCGCGGACGUGACGGAGUGCGAGCAGGUCAAAGAGCUGGGUGCCAUCAACAGCACCCUAAGUAACCGGAGUAAACAGGCGUUCGCCGACUGGGCGAGACACGACGACGCUCAGGACAACUUCUGUGAGCUGGACGAUGAAACCUCUCCAGAUUCUGAGUACGUGGACCUGCUGCUGAAUCCGGAGCGAUUCACUGGAUACAAGGGUCCUUCGGCCUGGAGAGUCUGGAAUAGCAUCUACGAGGAAAACUGCUUCAAGCCCAGAUCGGUGUACCGACCUCUGAACCCUCUGGCGCCGAGCAGAGGAGACGACGAUGAAGAGGUUUUCUACAAGUGGCUGGAAGGUCUGUGUUUGGAGAAGAGGGUCUUCUACCGACUCAUCUCGGGCCUCCACAGCAGCAUCAACAUCCACCUGUGUGCCGAGUACCUGCUGGACGAGGGCUGGAGCCGGUCGGUCUGGGGUCCGAACCCUCAGGAGUUCCGGCAGCGCUUCGACACGGCGGAGACGAAGGGCGAGGGCACGCGGCGCCUCAAGAACCUCUACUUCCUGUACCUGAUCGAGCUGCGGGCGCUCUACAAGGUGGCGCCCUACUUCGAACGGGCGUUCAUCAACCUGUACACGGGGAACCUGAAGGAGGACGGAGCCACCAAGGACCUGCUGCUGCAGGUCUUCAACGAGAUCAAAUCGUUCCCGAUGCACUUUGAUGAGAAGUCCAUGUUCGCCGGACACAAAAUCGAAGCCAAAAUAUUAAAGGAGGAUUUCCGCCUCCAUUUCAAAAACAUCUCCAGGAUCAUGGACUGCGUCGGCUGCAGUAAAUGUCGCCUGUGGGGAAAACUGCAGACCGAGGGUCUCGGCACGGCUCUGAAGAUCCUCUUCUCCGAGAAGGAGAUCCAGAAGCUCCCCGAACACAGCCCCUCCAAAGGCUUCCAGCUGACGCGCCAGGAGAUCGUGGCCUUGAUAAACGGCUUCGGCAGGUUGUCCACCAGUAUUCAUCAGCUCCACAGUUUCCGCCUGCUGCUGGAUGACAACAGGUAACAGAAGGCGGCGCCUCACGUGGCCAGUAGGCGGCGCCAGCCCCCAGAGAACUGCAAUAGUCACCCAAAAGAAGGUCUUUUUACCCCCCCCCCCCCAACAGACACACCCCUUCUGUACUUCCUCCUCCGGUAGAUUAUGAAUGUUAACUCCUCCUUGCCUCCGUCGGGAAAGUCUGAAAACUUCACCUGACGUCUCUUUUUUCUCUCUCUGCUGUAAAACCUGUGUACAAACCUUUUUGUUUGUUUGUUUGUUUGUUUAUUUAUUAAUUAUAUAUAUGUGUAUCUAUAUAUAAUUUUUUUUCUCUUGAGAGGUUGACCGGAUUGUUUUGUGAACGAAAGCGAUCGGACGUCUGGGAGGAAGUGACGUCACAGACCUCCGCCGGUCGUCUCUCUCUUUCUCUCUGGCCCCGCCCCCUUCCGCUGACAUCACUUCCAGUCGGGGUUUUUUUUUUUUUUUUUUUUCACGGUCGCUUGAACCCGAGUCUGACCCUUAUUUUUUUCGUGCUUUACGCGUGAGGAUGUUCCCUCAGAGAAAGGGUUCUUCUAGAUAAAUGUACGAUUUUAUUUUUUAUUUUCCUCUCUUCUCUCGCCGCCUUCUUGUUGUUUUUAGAUACAUUUGUUGCUCGAAGCCUGAGAAUCUGGACGUGUGUGUGUGUGUGUGUGUGUGUGUGUGUGUGUGUGUGUGUGGGGGUGUGGGUGUGCAAGGUGAAUUGAGCUGAAUCAGACGGAUCUCGACUCAUCAGUUAUGAAAUUAUAGUUUAAACGAGCUCGUUAAAUAUGAGGCACCGCUGCCUGUUGAAGCUUAAUAAGCUUAUAUAUAUAUAUGAUUAUAUUUGUAUUUAAUUCUUCUUGUGUUAGAAGUAGACGUCUUCUCUAUAAAACCACAGAGUUGUCGGCUGGACAAUUAAUCACAUCAACUUGUCAAAUCUCGUGUUUUUGUUGUUGUUUUUGUACAUAAAUCUUUAAGGAAUUAUGACAAAGAUGCCACAGAAGCAAAGUGGUUAUUAUUUCUUCUUAGAAAGGGAAGUGGCAUAAAGACAAAAUACAUUUUUAUAGCCAAACACUGUGUGUGAAGUUGGAACUCGUGUGUGUGUGUGUGUGUGUGUGUGUGUGUGUGGAUCAUCAACAGUUGCAGCUAUAAGAUAAUGGACUAUGACUUGAUUCCAUAGUGAACUUUGAUACAGUAGCAACAUUUUUGCUCCUUUGCGUUGACUAACUAAUAAUUCAGUUUUUGGAUGAAAGUGUCGCGUUUCCGUUCGUGUAAUUAUUAUUAUUAUUUGUUGCAAAAGUGCCGCCUAGUUUUAUUUUGAUUUUUUCAAAAUCGCCUUUAGUCUGGACCGAUUUUAUUUAAAUUUAAAGGAAACGUAGGAGUUAUUAGGUUCUCUUAAGAUAACUUAUUGCUUCGGUAUUUUUACUUUACAUUUCCUCAUAAGGGAAACUGAGUUUUUUUAUCUUUUAUUUUAUUUCUUAUUUUUUAAUGUUCCCGGAGCCUUUAGGACCACAAGAAAGGCCCUCUGGUUUUGUUAUAUAUAUAUAUAUAUAUAUAUAUAUAUAUAUAUAUAUAUAUAUAUAUAUAUAUAUAUAUUCAUUUGAGCUACAAAAAGCUGGUCAAUAUUAUUUAUUUUUAACAAACAACGAUCAAUACGCAACGUGAAAACAAGCAAAAGGGCGUCAAACUGGUUUAUGUCAAACUGGUUUACGAGCUGAUUUUACAGAUUUCAUUCACGAUUCCGGUCUCAAUAGUUUAGUUUUUUUUUUGCGCAUGAAGUGGACCAAAGAGUUUUUAUUAAGUUGCCUAAAUCUUUUGUACGUUUCUGUUUUGUUUGUGACGCCCAGCGAGAGUUUUUUAUAUUUUACUUUUAUUGAUUUUUCCUUUUUUUUUAAUUUAACAGGUGUUUAAUAUGUGUCGCAGCUUUUGUUCAGCUGUAAUUUAAUAGUUUCGAACCUUAGAAAAGGAUAAGAAAAUAUAUGAUUGAAAUAAAAAAAAAAUAUAUAUAUAUAAAGAGUAAUAUUAAAAUCCAUCUUCUUGUGGGCCUUAUACCAUUCUUUACAUGCAUCUAGUCCUCUUUUCUUUCUUUUCUUGUCAUACAGUCGUAGAGUAAAAUAUCAGAUACAGUUUUCAACGUUAUUAUUACGUCUCACAAGUUCAACGUUUAAAUAACAGCCUCUUAUAAGUUAUAACGAGUUAAUUGAGUCUAUUUUCUUUGUGUGUUUUCUUAUUACUGUGAAUGUGAGACAGAAGUGUGUGUUUGAGAGAGAGAGAGUGAGAGAGAGUGAGACGUGUGCAUGCCCUCCUCCUGAGCCUCGCACGCCCUCCAGCAGCUGGACGUCCCGUCCGCUCCGCUCUUCAGCCUUAAAAAAUUUAAAUGAAAAGAAAUUGAAAACGAUUUAUUUUUUGGGGGGGGGAAUAAGAAAGCAAAGAAGAAAAAUGUAACCUGCUUCCGACCUUCAGGCUCCUUCAUGUUUGAAUCUGUUUGUCGGGUUAAAAGUUGUUUUUGUUUUUCUUCCUUUUUUUCCCCUCUAUGAAUAUACAUGUAGUUGCACCACGUGGGUUGUUUACCUGUUGACGAUAUUUAUUUGACAAGAAGAAUAAAUAUUUCUUGACUUCACUGAA